AUGUCGUACGUGAAAAAGUGGGUAGGUGAAAAAAUUUCAAGUGUGAGGCGAUGGUGGUCUCCUGAGAAAGCCAAGCCUCGGCUUCCCAGGACCAAUGGACGCGACUACUCCUGCAUGAAAGACUCUUUUGAGAAUCUGGUACUGAAGGGAGGAGGAGCCAAAGGAAUUGCCUACAUCGGAGCAGCAAAGGUCCUGGAUGAGGCACGAAUUUUGCCCAACAUCAAGCGGUUUGCUGGAACCAGCGCAGGCGCAAUCACUGCCACCAUGCUGGCAAUCGGGAUGAAACCAGAAGAGAUGCUGGAGGAGCUCAGUCAGAGAAACCUGAUGGACCUCUUAGAUCCGCCAGUAGGUUUGCUCAGUGGCCUGAGCAAGCUACCCCGCAUCCUAUUCAUCUUGCCCAGUUGGCUAACCAUGAAAAACAUCUCCAUGGCCCUAUCAGCAAUGACGGACAGAGGCGCGUGUGAAGGGGAUGAGUUUCUGGACUGGUUCGGAGACAUCUUAGACCGGCACCUCGCGCGACUUCAUCCGUUUAAGAAAGGACUGGACAAGGACAUCACGUUCGACACGCUCUACCACGUGUUGGGGAAGGAGCUGUGCAUCGUGGCUUACAACAUGGUUUUGGGCAAUGAAAUUUAUUUUCAUGUCAAAACCACGCCUAUGAUGAAGAUCAAGGAGGCAGUGCGCAUGUCCAUGUCCAUUCCAGGUGUCUUCAAACCGUUUGGGAUUCCGGGAUCUCCCUAUACUUUCAUUGACGGUGGGCUGGCCGCUAACUAUCCUCUCUGGGCAUUUGACGGAUGGUACCUGUCCAUGAAAGAGGAAGACUUUUUCCAAGAGAGACUGAUGUCGACGCUGGACGCUGGACAGACGGUUCGCCAGAUGUUCCACCCCGAGUACAGGAGGGAGCGGUUCGGCACCAGGAACGACAAGACACUCGGCAUUCUGCUGUUUUCUAGCGAGGACCGUGAAAUGUACCAGGAACAGUUUGAGAAGCGCCAGGAAGAGUUCAAACCGGCGGAGAUCAAACCGGAAUACGACACGGAGCUAUACAAGGAUUACAAGGAAAAGACGGAAAAGAGCAAAAAAGAACAAAUCGCGAGCUAUGAAAAAGUUGAGGUACUGGUCGGCCAGGAUGUCAAGCGAAUGAUCGAGGGGACUGAUGGACAAAUAACAGAAGCCUUAGUCAUAAAACGGCGACCGGAUCUACCGGUCAUAUCUAAAGAGGAAGCAAAGCAGCUCUUCAACGAGAUUUUCAGUGAAGAGGACCUCGCUUUCCUGGGCGCACCUUCAAAGGAGGAGGCGUUCGAUUUUCUGAUGAUUAAUGAAGAAAAAAAUCUGACUUCAGACAGAUUGAGGAAGAUAUACAAGAACUUCGGUCCCUUGCAACUCGCCAGGCGCGCAUACCUCGGGCACAGGCUCGUGUCAACACCACGCCAGUAUUUUGGUACCAUGCUGGAAUUCGUGGGAAGGCAGAGCGGCAUCACUGAUGAGGAUGUUCCCAGGUCUAUCGCCAUAGAUGUGGGCUACGUGGGCACCAUGGAUUUUGACAUGGCAACUGAGGACAUGGAGUUUCUCAUGAGGCAAGGAGCUGCAGGGACUAUUGCCUUUCUGGAGGAGAAGAAAGACGGUCUGGGGAAGCGCCGAGAAUAAACCAUAAUUGCAGAUAAACAUAAGAUAAUUAACAGGAUUCAUACACGUACUCUAAAUAUUGUUACAGUAAUGCUUCUUGUUAACAUUCUUUUACAGACGUUCACAUUUUAAACAUCUUUAAAUCUAGAAACCUAGAAGAAUUUGCUUAAUAUAUACUUGAAGAUCGCUAUUCAUUGUUUAACUGGGAUAAGGAGAAAAUGUAAUAAGAAUGCCCAGCACCAUACAUAAACAAUAUGUGCUA